AUGAAGCUGGGUAGUGUUACUUUGUUUUCCUUGUUCAUCUUCAGUUUGCUUCCGUCACAGUAUGGCGCUGAAGUAUAUAACAUAACUCCUUCACACCCUUUAGCAGAGGGACAAACUCUAGUCUCUCCUAGCCAAAUAUUUGAAUUAGGCUUUUUCAGACCUAAUAGUUCUGCUAAUAAGUAUGUGGGGUUGUGGCACAAAAGUAUAUAUCCCAAGAUACAGCAGAAAGAUAUAUUUCCACAUAAAGUGGUAUGGGUGGCUAACAGAGAUAACCCUCUUGCAGCUACAGAUACCUUGGCUAGUUUGAGAAUUGGCAGCAACGGGAGUCUGGAGCUCGUAGAUGGGAAACAAAGUUCUGUCUGGUCUACCCAUAUAUCUAAUUGUUCAUCUGCAUCUCUCUUAGAUAAUGGGAACUUCGUCGUCAAAGAUGUUAUGGGAGGUGUUAUGUGGGAGACUUUUACUAAUCCUAGUGACUCACUUCUACCAAAAAUGCUGUUGGGUUACAAUAGUGGUUCUGGAAAAAGGAAUUUCUUGAAAUCUUGGAAAAGUGAAAAUGAUCCAUCACAGGGGUUAUUCUUGGCAGGACUUUCAACAGAGAUGCCAGCACAAAUUUUCAUUUGGAGUAAUGGAUCUACUCCCCACUGGAGAAGUGGACCAUGGGAUACAUCAAAGUUUGUUGGUGUACCCACAAUGAACACUCUGGAUAUUAAUCCAUUUUCACUUGUUGAUAAUGGGACGCAGGGAACAAGGUAUUUCUCUUACGGUUUUGAUAAAAUUCCAGGUGACACAAUUCUUGCAUAUAUGGACUUAUCUUCAGAAGGUAGAAUGAGCUUUAUGUUUUCAGAAAGUGGCAAGAACUGGAAUCUUCACUGGUUGUCUUCGGAGAACCCAUGCGAUGAUUAUGGCGCAUGUGGACCUUUUGGGGUAUGCACAGCUUCUGACUCUCCAAUCUGCAAGUGUUUGAAAGGCUUUAUACCCAAAUCAAAUGAAGAAUGGAGCAAAAAUAACUGGACGGGAGGUUGUGUGAGACGAACAAAUUUGUCUUGUGAAGCACAUACUAAUGAAUCAGUCUCAACAAAAGGAAACGAUGACGGGUUUUUGAAGUUGAAAAGAUUUAAAUUACCCGCUUUUCAUAAAUAUCUGACUACUUUGGAAAUAGACAAGUUCAAGGAGUGCGAGACACAGUGCCUGAAUAAUUGUUCUUGCCUAGCAUAUGCAUAUGUUGAUAACAUUGGGUGUUUGGUCUGGUUCAAAGACCUUAUUGAUAUGCAGCUUUUUCCAUCUUUUGGAGAAGAUCUUUAUUUGCGCUUAGCUCACUCAGAACUAGGUGAAGAAAAGCCGAUAAAGUUAAUUGCUAGUCUUACUGCAAUUGGGUUUUUGAGUAUUUUGGUUGCUAUAGUCUUCAGUUUGCUCCGGUGGCGUGCUAACAAAAAGCGACGAGUUGAAUUAAAAGCUCGCCGCUUGGAAUCAACUAGUAUGCUUAAGAAUCAUAGAGACGGUCUUCGAGAAUAUAUAGGAAAGCAUGAUCCCUCGGAGCUAAAGAUAUAUGAUUUUGAAAGCAUACUAAUUGCCACAGACAACUUCAGCAUCACAAACAAACUCGGGCAAGGAGGCUUUGGCCCAGUUUAUAAGGGGAUGCUUCCGGAAGGGAAGGAAAUAGCAGUAAAAAGACUAUCUAGUAGCUCAGGACAAGGUGUCGAAGAGUUCAAGAAUGAGAUGCUGUUGAUCAUUAAUCUUCAACACAAAAACCUUGUUAGGAUGAUGGGGUGCUGUGUGAAAGAGGAUGAGAAGUUACUGAUUUACGAGUUCAUGCCUAACAAAAGCCUGGAUUCUUUUCUAUUCGAUCCGACGAAGAGAGAAGUGCUGGAUUGGGCUACGCGAUUUAAUAUAAUUCAGGGUGUUGCUAGAGGGCUUCUUUAUCUCCAUCAUGAUUCUUAUGUGAAGGUGAUACACAGAGAUUUAAAAGUCAGUAACAUUCUCUUGGAUGAGAAAAUGAAUCCAAAAAUCUCAGAUUUCGGAUUGGCACGCAUAGUUGAAGAAACAACGGAUCUAGAUAAUACUGUGAAGGUUGUUGGAACACGUGGCUACAUGUCUCCGGAGUAUGCCAUGGGUGGGAUAUUUUCCGAAAAGUCUGAUGUCUACAGCUUUGGGGUCUUGGUACUGGAGAUCGCAUGGAACUUGUGGAAUGAAGGCAGGGGACUGGAGUUACUGGACGAAGUAUUAGGUGAUUCAUAUGCAUCGUCAGAAGUAAUGAAAUGUGUAAAUAUUGGGCUUCUUUGUGUACAGGACAGUGCUGCUGAUAGACCAACUAUGGCUGAUAUAGUUUUGAUGCUAAGUAGUGACACGGAUGGUCCAGAACCCAAGCUGCCUCCAUUGGCACAGGGACAAACUCUAGUUUCUCCUAGCCAAGUUUUUGAAUUGGGAUUCUUUAGUCCUAAUAGUUCUGCUAAUAUGUAUGUGGGGUUGUGGCACAAAAGUAUAUUUCCCCGUAAAAUUGUAUGGGUAGCUAACAGAGAAAACCCCCUUGCAGUUAAAGACACCUUGGCUACUUUGAGAAUCGGCAGCAAUGGAAAUCUGGAUCUUGUAGAUGGGAAGCAGAGUUCUGUAUGUUUGCUUCCGUCACAGUACUAUGGCGCCGAAGUAUAUAACAUAACUCCUUCACACCCUUUAGCAGAGGGACAAACUCUAGUAUCCCCUAACCAAAUAUUUGAGUUAGGCUUUUUCAGACCUUAUAGUUCUGCUCAUAAGUACGUGGGGUUGUGGCACAAAAGUAUAUUUCCUCGUAAAUAUGUAUGGGUGGCUAACAGAGAUAAUCCUCUUGCAGUUACAGAUACAUUGGCUACGUUGAGAAUUGGCAGCAAUGGGAAUCUGGAGCUCGUAGAUGGGAAACGAAGUUCUGUCUGGUCUACCAAUAUAUCUAACUGUUCAUCUGCAGCUCUCUUAGAUAGUGGGAACUUCGUCGUCAAAGAUGUUAUGGGAGGUGUUAUGUGGGAGAGUUUUACUAAUCCUAGUGACUCACUUCUACCAAAAAUGGCGUUGGGUUACGAUAGUGGUUCUGGAAAAAAGAAUUUCUUGAAAUCUUGGAGAAGUGAACAUGAUCCAUCACCGGGGUUAUUCUUGGCAGGACUGUCAGCAGAGUUGCCAGCACAACUUACCGUUUGGAGUAGUGGAUCGACUCGUCACUGGAGAAGCGGACCAUGGGAUACAUCAAAGUUUGUUGGAGUACCCACAAUGAACACUCUGGCUAUUAAUCCAUUUAGUCUUGAUGAUAAUGUGAAGAAGGGAACAAGGUAUUUCUCUUACAGUUUUGAUAAAAUUCCAGGUGACACAGUUCUUGCAUAUAUGGACAUAUCUUCAGAAGGUAGAAUGAGCUUCAUGUUUUCAGAAGGUGGCACAAACUGGGAUCCUCAGUGGUUGUCAUCGGAAAACUUAUGCGAUGAUUAUGGCGCAUGUGGACCUUUUGGGGUGUGUGAAGCUUCUGGCUCUCCAAUAUGCAAGUGUUUAAAAGGUUUUGUACCGAAAUCAAAUGAAGAAUGGAGCAAAGGAAACUGGACAGGAGGUUGUGUGAGACGAACUAGUUUGUCCUGUGAGACAAACACUACAAAAGGAAAGGGUGAUGGGUUUUUGAAGUUGAAAAGAAUGAAAGUACCCGAUUUUCAUAAAUUUCUGACUACUUUGGCAAUAGACAAGUUCGAGCAGUGCACGACACAGUGCCUGAGUAAUUGCUCUUGCCUAGCUUAUGCGUAUAUUGAUAACAUUGGGUGUUUGGUCUGGUACGAAGACCUUACAGAUAUGCAGCUUUUUCCAUCUUUUGGAGAUGAUCUUUAUGUCCGCUUAGCACACUCAGAACUAGGUGAAGGAAAGCCGAUAGGGUUGAUUGCCAGUCUUGCAGCUAUUGGUUUUUUGAGUAUUUUGGUUGCUAUAGUCUUCAGUUUGCACCGAUGGCGUGCUAACAAAAAGCGACACCUCGAACUCGAAGUAAAAGCUCCGCCCUUGGAGUCGACUAGUAUGCUUAAGAAAAAUAGAGACGGUCUUCGAGAAUAUAUAGGAAAGCAUGAUCCCUCGGAGCUAAAGAUAUACGAUUUUGAUAGCAUACUAAUCGCCACAGACAACUUCAGCUUCGCAAACAAACUCGGGCAAGGAGGCUUUGGCCCAGUUUACAAGGGGAUGCUACCGGAAGGGAAGGAAAUAGCAGUAAAAAGACUAUCAAGUAGCUCCGGACAAGGUGUCGAAGAGUUCAAGAAUGAGAUGUUGUUGAUCUCCAAUCUUCAACACAAAAACCUUGUUAGGAUGAUGGGGUGUUGUGUUAAUGAGGAUGAGAAGUUACUGAUUUACGAGUUCAUGCCUAACAAAAGCCUGGAUACCUUUCUAUUUGAUCCGACGAAGAGAGCAGUGCUUGAUUGGGCUACACGCUUUAAUAUUAUUCAGGGUGUUGCUAGAGGGCUUCUUUAUCUCCAUCAUGAUUCUUAUGUGAAGGUGAUACACAGAGAUUUGAAAGUCAGUAACAUUCUCUUGGAUGAGAAAAUGAAUCCAAAAAUCUCAGAUUUCGGAUUGGCACGCAUAGUUGAAGAAACAAAGGAUCGAGAUAAAACUGUGAAGGUUGUUGGAACACGUGGAUAUAUGUCUCCGGAGUAUGCCAUGGGUGGGAUAUUUUCCGAAAAAUCUGAUGUCUACAGCUUUGGAGUCUUGGUACUGGAGAUUAUUAGCGGCAAGAACAACAGCUUCUAUUUAUAUGACCAACAUCUUGGAUUCCUUGCUUAUGCAUGGAUGUUGUGGAAUGAAGGCAGCGGACUUGAGUUUGUAUCUGAUGUAUUGAGUAGUUCAUAUUCUUCAUAUGAAGUACUGAAAUGCAUGCAGAUAGGGCUUCUGUGUGUGCAAGACAGUGCUUCGGAUAGACCUACUAUGGCAGAUGUUGCUUUUAUGCUAAGUAGUGAGACGGAGGGUCCGCAGCCUAUGAGGCCUGUAUUCACUAUAGAAAACUCGGUUCUUCCUUCUCAACCACAUUGUGAAAACACUAAUUCCUCCACAAAUGAAGCUACUAUUACCGUGAUUGAAGGACGAUAA